AUCUUUCCAUUAUUUUCCCGUCAUCCGUUUUAAACGGCGACAAAUUCUCCAUCCUCUUCCUCCUGUCUCUCCUCUUCCCCGUGAUAAUAAUAAAAAAUAUAAAAAUAAAAUAAAAAAGAUGGGUUCUUCGAAAACAGUCAGGAGGCUGGAGGUAACCUCACCGGUCCCCGCCGACAUCGACAUAGCCAACUCCGUCGAGCCCCUUCACAUUUCUCAGAUCGCAGAGGAUCUCAAUCUCAGCUCCAAACAUUAUGAUCUCUAUGGAAAGUACAAAGCCAAGGUGCUUUUAUCGGCUUUGGAUGAGCUUGAAGGGAGUGAUAAUGGUUAUUAUGUGGUUGUUGGCGGGAUAACUCCGACGCCGCUUGGAGAAGGGAAGAGUACUACUACUGUUGGGUUGUGCCAAGCUUUGGGUGCUUUUCUUGAUAGAAAGGUUGUCACAUGCCUUCGUCAACCAUCCCAAGGCCCAACUUUUGGCAUCAAAGGAGGUGCCGCCGGUGGUGGCUACAGCCAAGUCAUUCCUAUGGACGAAUUCAACCUCCACCUGACCGGCGACAUCCACGCUAUCACUGCCGCCAACAACCUCCUCGCCGCUGCCAUUGACACCCGAAUCUUUCACGAAGCCUCCCAAUCCGACAAAGCCCUCUUCAAUCGUCUUUGCCCUCCAAACAAAGAAGGCAAGCGUAAAUUCGCUGAUGUCAUGCUUCGUCGUUUAAAGAAACUCAGUAUCGAAAAAGACAACCCCGAUGAACUCACCCCCGAUGAGGUUAAAAGAUUUGCUAGGCUUGAUAUUGAUCCUGAAUCAGUCACUUGGAGGAGAGUCAUGGAUGUUAAUGACCGUUUCUUGAGGAAAAUUACAAUUGGACAAGGGCCUGAUGAGAAGGGAAUGACACGAGAGACUGGUUUUGAUAUCUCAGUUGCUAGUGAGAUAAUGGCGGUUUUAGCACUUACAACUUCGUUAGCUGAUAUGAGAGAGAGAUUAGGGAAAAUGGUUAUAGGAAAUAGCAAGGCAGGUGAACCGAUAACUGCUGAUGAUCUUGGGAUUGGAGGAGCUCUCACUGUUCUUAUGAAAGAUGCCAUAAAUCCUACUUUAAUGCAAACACUCGAAGGAACUCCUGUGCUUGUGCAUGCUGGACCCUUUGCCAAUAUAGCUCAUGGAAAUUCUUCGGUAGUGGCGGAUAAAAUAGCACUUAAAUUGGUAGGAAAAGGGGGUUUUGUCGUCACUGAAGCAGGAUUUGGUGCAGAUAUCGGGACUGAGAAAUUCAUGAACAUAAAAUGUCGGUAUAGUGGAUUGGCACCUCAGUGUGCAAUCAUUGUGGCAACUAUACGAGCUCUUAAGAUGCACGGAGGUGGACCCGAGGUUGUGGCUGGAAAGCCAUUGGAUCACGCUUAUUUGAAUGAGAAUGUAGGUCUUGUUGAAGCUGGGUGUGUGAAUUUGGCGAGGCAUAUAGAGAAUACAAAGGCUUAUGGAGUAAAUGUUGUGGUUGCGAUCAAUAAGUUUGCUACGGACACUGAGGCAGAGAUGAAUGCUGUGAGGAGUGCAGCGAUCAAAGCUGGGGCUUUUGAUGCGGUUGUUUGUAGUCAUCAUGCUCAUGGUGGAAAAGGAGCGGUUGAUCUUGGGAUUGCAGUUCAAAAGGCAUGCGAGAGCCAGAAAGACCCCAUGAGAUUCUUAUAUCCUUUAGAUUCUGGCAUUAAGGCAAAGAUUGAGGCAAUAGCCAAGUCCUAUGGCGCAAGUGAUGUUGAGUACUCUGAGCAGGCCGAGAAGCAAAUUGAGAUGUACACGAAGCAAGGAUUCUCAAAUCUCCCCAUCUGCAUGGCGAAAACACAGUACUCUUUCUCACAUGUUCCUUCGCAAAAGGGAGCUCCCUCUGGAUUUGUGCUCCCAAUUAGAGAUGUUCGUGCAAGUAUUGGUGCAGGCUUCAUAUACCCUCUUGUGGGAACCAUGAGCACAAUGCCUGGGCUCCCAACGAGGCCUUGUUUCUUUGAUAUCGAUAUCGAUCUUGCAACUGGGAACGUCAUCGGUCUCUCUUAAUAUGGUUCACUAUAUUAUUUUUUAUUUUGAAUAAAAUAUGGUACAAUUUUUUUCUAAUCCUUCAUAUAAUGUCUGAGAGAGUAUUAUGAGAUUGUACACUAUGUUGCAAUGAAAAUUGGUGAUGUUGUUGGCUGUUUGAAAACUUA